GUUCCUGACGCUGAGGACAAGGCUCCUGGCGGUGAGGACAAGGAUCCUGGCGGUGAGGACAAGGUUCCUGGCGGUGAGGACAAGGUUCCUGGCGGUGAGGACAAGGUUCCUGGCGGUGAGGACAAGGUUACUAGCGGUGAGGACAAUGUUCCUGGCUUUGAGGACAAGGUUACUAGCGGUGAGGACAAGGUUCCUGGCAGUGAGGAGAAGGUUCCUGGCGGUGAGGACAAGGUUACUAGCGGUGAGGACAAGGUUCCUGGCAGUGAGGACAAGGUUCCUGGCGGUGAGGACAAGGUUCCUGGCGGUGAGGACAAGGUUCCUGGCGGUGAGGACAAGGUUCCUGGCGGUGAGGACAAGGUUACUAGCGGUGCGGACAAGGUUCCUGGCGGUGAGGACAAAGUUCCUGGCAGUGAGGAGAAGGUUACUAGCGGUGAGGACAAGGUUCCUGGCGGUGAAGACAAGGUUCUUCGCGGUGAGGACAAGGUUACUAGCGGUGAGGACAAGGUUCCUGGCGGUGAGGACAAGGUUCCUGGCGGUGAGGACAAGGUUCCUGGCGGUGAGGACAAGGUUCCUGGCGGUGAGGACAAGGUCCCUGGCGCUGAGGACAAGGUUCCUGGCGGUGAGGACAAAGUUCCUGGCGGUGAGGACAAGGUUCCUGGCGGUGAGGACAAGGUUCCUGGCGGUGAGGACAAGGUUCCUGGCGGUGAGGACAAGGUUCCUGGCGGUGAGGACAAGGUUUCUGGCAGUGAGGACAAGGUUCCUGUCGGUGAGGACAAGGUUCCUGGCGGUGAGGACAAUAUUCCUGGCGGUGAGGACAAGGUUCCUGGAGGUGAGGACAAAGUUCCUGGAGGUGAGGACAAGGUUUCUGGGGGUGAGGACAAGGUUCCUCGCGGUGAGGACACUGAGGUUCCUGGCGGUGAGGACAAGGUUUCUGGCGGUGAGGACAAGGUUCCUGGCGGUGAGGACAAGGUUCCUCGCGGUAAGGACAAGGUUCCUCGCGGUGAGGACAAGGCUCCUGGCGCUGAGGACAAGGUACCUGGCGCUGAGGACAUGGUUCCUGGCGGUGAGGAUAAUGUUCCUGGCGGUGAGGACACUGAGGUUCCUGGCGGUGAGGACAAGGUUUCUGGCGGUGAGGACAAUGUUCCUGGCGCUGAGGACAAGGUUCCUGGCGCUGAGGACAAGGUUUCUGGCAGUCAGGACAAGGUUCCUCGCGGUGAGGACAAGGUUCCUGGCGCUGAGGACAAGGUUCCUGGCGCUGAGGACAAGGUUCCUGGCGGUGAGGACAAGGUUUCUGGCGGUGUGGACAAGGUUCCUGGCGGUGAGGACAAGGUUCCUCGCGGUGAGGACAAGGUUCCUGGCGCUGAGGACAAGGUUCCUGGCGGUGAGGACAAUGUUCCUGGCGGUGAGGACAAGGUUCCUGGCGGUGAGGACAAUGAUCCUGGCGGUGAGGACAAGGUUCCUGGAGGUGAGGACACUGAGGUUCCUGGCGGUGAGGACAAGGUUUCUGGCGGUGAGGACAAGGUUCCUCGCGGUGAGGAGAAGGUUCCUCGCGGUGAGGACAAGGUUCCUGGCGCUGAGGACAAGGUUCCUGGCGGUGAGGACAAGGUUCCUGGCGGUGAGGACAAGGUUCCUGGCGCUGAGGACAAGGUUCCUGGCGCUGAGGACAAGGUUCCUGGCGGUGAGGACAAUGAUCCUGGCGGUGAGGACAAGGUUCCUCGCGGCGAGGACACUGAGGAUCCUGGCGGCGAGGACAAGGUUUCUGGCGGUGAGGACAAGGUUCCUCGCGGUAAGGACGAGGUUCCUCGCGUUGAGGACAAUGUUCCUGGCGCUGAGGACAAUGUUCCUGGCGCUGAGGACAAGGCUCCUGGCGCUGAGGACAAGGUUUCUGGCAUUGAGGACAAGGUUCCUCGCGGUGAGGACAAGGUUCCUGGCGCUGAGGACAAGGUUCCUGGCGCUGAGGACAAGGUUCCUGGGGCUGAGGACAAGGUUCCUCGCGGUGAGGACAAGGUUCCUCGCGGUGAGGACAAGGUUCCUCGCGGUGAGGACAAGGUUCCUCGCGGUGAGGACAAUGUUCCUGGCGCUGAGGACAAUGUUCCUGGCGCUGAGGACAAGGUUCCUGGCGCUGAGGACAAGGUUCCUCGCGGUGAGGACAAGGUUCCUAGCGCUGAGGACAAGGUUCCUGGCGGUGAGGACAAGGUUCCUGGCGGUGAGGACAAGGUUCCUGGCGGUGAGGACAAGGUUCCUGGCGGUGAGGACAAGGUUCCUCGCG